AUGGACCAGCAGCUCUUCUAUCAUGUCAACCGCCGGAAAUCUUUCACCUCAGUCUCCACCACUGGCUGCAGUGAUGGGUUGCAGAUCGGUGAGGCACAAUAUCACUCGGCCAACUGCACCUUCGAAGGAGGCAACAGCAGCAAAAGUUUCCAUAAUUUUGGGAGAAAUCACAGGAUCUCCUACAUUCCCAAUACAAACUAUAGAAAUGAGGGGUUGUUCGAGGUUAGUAUUAACAAGCACCUCUUAGAACCUCUCUACCUGGGAGUUGACCCACAUGAUCAUCAAGUCAAAGCCCAGGAGAAGGAUCAAAUGAAAGAUCUGAACACCCAGUUUGCUUGCUUCAUUGACAAGGUCAAAAACCUGGAACAAAGGAACCAGAUAUUGGUAACCAAGUGGGAGCUGCUGCAAAACCAGAAGAUUCCAAUGGUUAAGAAAGACUUGAACCCUCUGUUCGAAAACUACAUCAGCAGCCUAAGAAAAAGACUUGACUGUAUGUUGAGUGAAAAGAAUAAAUUGGGAAACCAGCAGAGAACGAUGCAGGACCUGAUUGAGGAGUAUGAAUGCAAAUACAAAGAAGAGGUUCGUAGGAAAGCAGACGUAGAGAAUGAGUUUGUCCUGCUGAAGCAG